CAUUGGCUUAUUUCCGUCAGCUAUUUGUCAAACAAAAACAUCUCGAUAACACGAAAAAAAUAACUAGUUACAAUGAUAAAAUGGAGAUAUUAUUGAGAUUUGUGCCAACAAAUCCAUUAAGAUUAACCAUUUCUAGAAUUUUAGUUAACCAAGUAGUUCAUUACACUAGAUUGGCUGAAGUCGGAAAACUCGAAGCUCCGAAGACUUCUGGCAAAUAUGACACCGGGCAGUUAAUUCUACAUAAGGUUUUCGGGUAUAGAGGAGUGAUUCUGUUCCCUUGGCUGGCGAGAGUGUACGAUAGAGAUGCAUCCAAUAAGAAGGAGAAUCCUGAGACCACGGGCACAGGAGAAGCCACCGGGGAUACGCUCUCUAACGUAGGCAAAGAGGUCAAAGGCAGGACUCACACCUUUUACCAGGUGCUGAUAGAUACAAGGGAUGCACCUUACAUACGAGCUCAAACAGAGGCAGUGACGUUCCUAGGCAAUCAGGAGUCGUCUCGCAGCCUAUACGCCAUCCCGGGGCUGGACUACGUGGCGCAUGACGACAUCAUGCCCUACUCGUCCGUGGAGCGCGUUCCACUGCAGCAUGAGCUGUUCGACAAGUUCCUCAUGCACAAUCCGGACAAGGACCCACCCUUCAUAGCGCAGGAGACGCUCCGCGCGUGGCAGAAGAAGAACCACCCAUGGCUCGAACUGAGUGACGUGCACCGCGAGACCACUGAGGGCGUGCGUGUCACCGUCAUACCGUUCUACAUGGGUAGCCGCGAGAGCCAGAAUUGCGCCGUCUACUGGUGGCGGUACUGCAUCCGACUAGAAAACCUCGGCGCAGCGGCAGUCCAACUGCGCGAGCGGCACUGGCGCAUCUUCUCCCUCUCCGGCACCCUCGAGACCGUGCGGGGCCGCGGCGUGGUCGGCCAGGAGCCCGUGCUGGCCCGGCACUCGCCCGCCUUCCAGUACUCCAGCCACGUGAGCCUGCAGGCGCCCUCGGGACACAUGUGGGGAACGUUCCGCAUGGAGCGCGAGGACGGCUACACGUUCGACUGCCGCAUCCCGCCAUUCUCCCUCGAGAGCAAACCCGACGACGCGCCCGCGCCGCCCGCACCCUCCGCGUGACGUCACACGCCUAUUUAAAUGGCGACGAGGAAAACGGGGAGGCGGUUAUUAGUUGGCGACGAGGGAAGCAGAACUAAACGUUAUUUAAUUUUAUUGACUAUAUUUAAUUUUAUUAAUAUUGUUUUGAUCAUACUAGUCGCAUCGAAAUCAUACUGACUACAAAUACUACUCACAAUAAACCGUAGGUAUAAUUUCUUGAUAUUAUUUUUGGCCCAACUUGACAUCUAAAUUUAAGCAUUAAUGAAACUAUAAUUAUGUUAACGACUUAAGUUUCUGUGUGCAAUUGAAAUUGUAGCUUGAGAUUAAGUAAAUACAUUCAUUAUACAAUAAAUACUCUGUGAUAGCAUACAAUUUAUUAUCAUUUGUCACAAAGAUUAUAUAUACCAACAAUUGUUUAAACUUCUGCUUCCUAAAUUGCGAUCUAAAUGGCAAGGUAGUGCAAUAACAUCGUGAUUGUGAUCGUAUAUAACCAUUUUAAAAUUGUGACUUGUAAACUACAGAAGCUGAAAAACGAACUUCAAAACAUCUUUAAAAAUGCACCUAGUAAAACUAAACUAGAACUUGAAAACUAUUCAGUUCAAUUUCUAUAAAAAUAAUUUAUCCGGUUCGAACCAGUUUUUCUUAUCAAAACCUUGAACUGGUUAAUAUGUAUAAUAAUUUUAUGACAUCACGAAAUCCCAUAAUAAUAAACAUGAAUGUGCGUCAUAUAACUGACUUGUCGCUUCUAUUUAUGGGAUUUCGUGUUGACAUAAAAUUAGCGAGCCGCCGACAAUUAGCGAGUGACAAUAAGCUGGUUGUUUUAGUUUAGAAAAAAGUUUCGUACAUAAUUUCCUUCCAUAUUCCAUAUGUACGAUUUAUGUGCAAGAAAACUGCAAAUAGCUUUUCUCCGCCGGUGGAAUCGGUGUCAUAAUGAUGGUGAUUUUUUAUCAAGUUACCUCAUACAUAUAAGCUGAUAAUCUAAUGAAAAGUUCUAUUUUGAAUAUCGUUUCUCAGUGUUCUUUAAAGUCAAAAUCCGUUAUGUUAUAGACAUUAACAAAUUUUAACUGUUAUCGCAUCGACGACGUUAACAUUCUAGCCAAUUCUUUAGGAAAAGUAGCAUGUCGCUGUCAGAAAUAGUUGUAUUUAUAUUAUAAUUUAAUUAUAGUAUUUAUGAACCUAUUCAUUGCAUCCCCUUGUUUGUUCCACUUGAAACUCUUUAGUCAUUUUUUUAAAUAAAUGCAUAGAUCUUUAUUAAAAUUACAGUAUUGUGAA